UCGUUUCUUGUGAAGACGACUUUUCUGUCCAGAAUUUCGGAUAUAUAUUUUGAGUAAUUCUAGCUCCUAAGUUCACCUAGACUCCGUCCUUAAUUCUAACAAGUGGUAUCAGAGCAAUAUUAAGGACAUUGAGAGGAGUCUACAGAAGUUUGAAGACCCUUCUAGACCCACCAUGGCCUGUGGGUGUGCCUAAGUGGUGUUCUAAAGGUUGGAUGUGUCUUCCGCUAAGGGGAAACUCUGCCGAAAUUUCGUGGACGCCGACACUUGUGAAAAUAUCGAGGGAGCUGAGUGUGGACAGCAAAGGGGAGCUGAAAUUCGUCAUUUCUCAAGGAGAAGAUGAAUGAGAGAGGAGGAGAUGCUAAUGGAAGAGGAGCUGUACCUGAGAAGACAAGUGCACAAGGUGAAGGUGCACAAGGUAACGCCUAUCCUGGGAUGUAUCUCAUGGUUGAGGAUGUGCAUGGGCAUGAGGGUGAUGUGGGAUCUGUCGGAAAGGUUGUGAUGCACCCUCUCAUGCACUGGGUGAUUGAUUCGGGUUGCACCAGUCACAUGACUCCACGGGCAGAUUUGCUUGAUGAGGUAAAACCCCCUGGGAAGAUCAAGUAUGUGGCAGCAGCGUCAGGUGCUUUGCUCCCUGUCAUUGGUGUUGGGAAUGCCAAGGUUAAGGGAGCAAAUGGGGAGCUUGUGGGGCUUGGGAAUGUUCUGCUGGUUGAAGGCUUGUCUGCUAACCUUCUCUCUGUGCGACGACUGCAGAAGAGCAAGGCCGAAGUGACAUUUGGACCAACCAGCUGCCGUGCUAAGCUUGGGAAGAAGGUGCUGUGGAGUUUGGAAGAGGAGACCAGCUGCAUCAAGGACCUGUGGCAGCUGCCCAUCAUCCCAUGGAAUGGGAAGACUCCAACAGCAGCAACGGCAGCAGCGGCAAAGGCAACAGCAGGAGGAGAUGCAACUGCACCAACUGAUGGGGUCCUGGAAGCAGUCAAGAAAGUGCAGCAGCAGCAGACACAUGGUGAGGUGCUUGCUGGUGUGGAUGCAAAUGCGGCAUGGGCUAAGGCUUCACCAAGGAGUGGAGAGGCCGAUUGGGAGACAUGGCAUGAGAGGCUGUGUCAUGUGAACUUCCCUAUGCUGCAGAAGUUGGUGAAGGAUGGGAGCCUGAAGGGCUUGGAGGUGAAAGGGGGAGUGAAGGAGAUUGGGAGCUGCCCUACAUGCUUGGAGACCAAGUUCUCCAAGUUCCCCUUCAACAGCACUACAGGACCAGCCAAGACCCCACUUGCACUUGUGCAUAUGGAUGUGGUGGGGCCCACAAGAGCCCCUUCCCUCUCAGGCAGCCGCUAUUUCUUGACAAUUGUGGAUGACCACACUCGGGCAGUGUGGGUUUACCCUUUGAAGAGCAAGGGGGAGGUGGCAGCGGCUGUCCUUAAGGAGUGGAUGCCGAGAGCUCAGAGGGAAUGCGGACACAAGGUGAAGGUGAUCCGUAGUGACAAUGGUGGGGAGUUCAUUGGAGCUGAUUUUGAGGGGGAGUUGAAGAGGAAGGGGAUCCAGCAUCAACUGACAGUGCCCUACAACCCGCAGCAGAAUGGCGUGGCUGAGAGGUUCAACAGGACCCUGCAGGAGGGGGCACGCACUCUCCUUGGGCGUGCAGGGCUGCCUGAUCCGUUUUGGGUGUCUGCACUGAGGCAGGUCGCCCUUGUGAAGAAUAGGGUGCUGGCUACAGUUGGAGAUAAGGAGUGGAUCCCAUAUGCCAAGUGGUAUGGGAGUGCUCCAGCGGUGAACAUGCUGAGGGCAUUUGGGUGCAUGGUGGUGUUUCAUGUGCCCAAGGAGAAAAGGGGGAAGUUGGAGGCUUCUGGAAGAUGGGGUGUGCACUUGGGGAUUGCAAAGGAUCACAAGGGGUGGCUGCUAUGGGACCUGACCACCCAGAAGCUGACAGUGUCAAGGGAUGUGAAGUUUCUUGAGUCCCUGUACUAUAAGGAAUGGAAGCAGCAGCAACAGAAGCUUCCAUCUACACCACUCAUUGUGGAGGCAGAUGAGUUGCAGCAGCCUUCAAGACAGGUGGAGGUUGCAGUGUCAGAGGAGGAGAUGUCUGGGGUGACUGAGGAAGGGGGAGCAGCUGAGGUGGAGCAGCAGCAGCAGCAUGAAUCUCCACCUCGAGUUCCACACCCGCCUGAGCGUCCUAGGAGGGAUGUGCGCCCUCCUGUGAGGCUGACCUAUGGGGGAAGAGGCAAGCCGAAUGUGGUGCAGGCUGGGAGUGUGGUUGAGCAGAUUGAGGAAGAUGAGAUCGCUCACUGCUACUGGGCACCAAUCCCUGAGCCCAAGACUCGAGAGGAGGCCUUGAAUGGACCAAAUGGGGAGAAGUGGAAGGCGAGUGAGGAUGAGGAGUUCGGGUCCCUAAUUGAGAACGAGACAUGGGACCUGUGUGACUUGCCUCCUGGAAAGAAGGCAAUCACUUCCAAGAUGAUCUACAGGCACAAGUAUGGACCUGAAGGGGAGCUGACCCGCUACAAGUCUAGGCUUGUGGCACGGGGGUUUCAGCAGACAAAGGGGAAGGACUAUGAUGAGGUGUUUGCUCCUGUGGGGAAAGGAACAACACUGAGGGUGCUGUUGGCGAUAGCUGCACUCCUGGGAUGGAAGAUACGGCAGAUGGACAUUGUGACUGCCUUUCUGAAUGGGAUCAUUCUGGAGGAGGUGUACAUGAAGCAGCCAGAGGGGCUGGAUGAUGGGAGCGGCAGGGUCUGCAGGCUGAAGAAGGCCAUCUAUGGCCUUAAGCAGGCGCCUCGUGCAUGGUAUCACAAGUUGGAGGAGGCGCUGUUGGCUGGGGGUUUCAAGAAGAGUGAGUGUGACCCCAGCCUGUUCCUGCUGCAGGAGAAGGAUGAAAUCCUCAUGCUCUUGGUGUACGUGGAUGAUAUCCUUCUCUUUUCUGCAUCAACUGCUUUGCUGGACAGUGCAGAGCAGAUGCUGGAGAUGCAGUUCAAGUGUUCCAAGAUGGGUGAGGUGAAGUACUACUUGGGGAUGCCUGUGGAGAGAGAUGUGGAGAAGGGUGUGCUGAGGUUGCACCAGAGGAAGUACUGUGAGGGGCUGGCUGAGAAGUAUGGGCUGCAAGAUGGGGGAAAGCCAGCAACACCACUACCUUCGGGGUUCACUGUGGAGCCAUGUGCUGAUGAGGAGGUAGUGGGUGAUAGUGACAGGAAGCUGUUUCAUUCGAUGGUUGGGUCGCUGAAUAUUGCUGCAAAUCAUACACGGCCUGACAUUGCAUUUGCUACAUCACGAUUGGCUAGUGUGGUCUCACGCCCUAGUCAUGAGCAGCUGGAAGCGGCCAAGAGGUUGGUCCGCUAUGUGAGCGCUACGGCAUCAGUGGGAUUGGAGUACAGUGGAGUGAGGCAGCGGUUGCAGAGAGGUGCUGCAGAUGUGAAGAGUGGAGAGAUGCUCUUGAGUUGCUAUACUGGCGCUAGCUUCAACUCAGUGAAAGCGGAUGGCACCAGCAUUGGGGGUUAUGUGUGCUUGCUAGGAGGUGGUGCUGUGAGCUGGCGCAGCAAGAAGCAGAAUGAGGUGGGAUUGUCCUCAUGUGAGACUGAGUACAUGGCCUUACACCAUGGGGCCAAGGAAGUGGUGUGGCUGAUGCGCUUGUUAGAGGAGUUGGGAGUUGGUCAGGAGGAGCCGACAGUUGUGUUCUGUGACAAUGAGUCUGCUGUGAAGCUCGCCAAGAAUGCUUGUCUGCAUGGGCUGACAAAACACAUAAGGCCUAAGUGGCACUGGGUGAGGAGACUCCUUGAUAAGGAGGUGCGGCUGGAGAUACUAUGAAGAUUCAAAGUUCAUGAGCUUGCGUUACAAUUGCGGCGGUUACAAAGUGAAGUUGUGGGGUGACUCUAUAUGGAGUUGGGACCUUUGGGGGUUGGGGAAAUUUGUCACUCACUGUAACAGCUGCAAAUUGGUUGGGAACAACCAAGCUAGGUUGGCAAGGGUGGCCAACUUGGAUGGAUUGGUUGGGAAGGGACAAAUGUCAAAGUUGGGGUUCCUAUAGGGAGGGAAUCUUUGUGCUUAUGGGGUUUCCUUGGUUGAGGACUCUCUUGGGACCUUCCCUCUCAUCCCUCUCUUCUAUCCCAACAUUUCUCUUGCUC